ACCUUGUGUGUGACACAGCGUCUGGCGCCCGUAGGCCCGCGCUUUUCGGACUCCAGCGUUCCCCUCCGGAGAAACUGAUUUAGGAAGACGUUGCUCAGUUCCUUUUAUCCCGCAGUGGUGCUCUCCUGAAUGUCGAAAUGCCUGUUAAGAGAUCACUGAAAUUGGAUCACCUCUUAGAAGCAAAAUCAUUUGAUUCUUCAAAAAUCACAAGGAAGAACAGUAUUACAACUUACUCUCCAACAACUGGAACUUGUCAAAUGAGCCCAUUUGCUUCUCCUGCAAGCUCUAAAGAACAAGACCACAAAAGUGAACCAUCAAAUGGAAAGAGGAAAAAAAUGAAUCACCUCAGUUUAAAUGAAAGGAAGGAAUCUACAACAAAAGACAAUGAUGAAUUCAUGGUGUUGCUGUCUCAAGUUGAAAAAUCAUCAGAAGAAAUCCUGGAAAUAAUGCAAAAUUUAAGUAGUAUACAGGCUUUGGAGGGCAGUAGAGAGCUUGGAAAGCUCAUUGGUAUCUCCCGUAUGUCAUGUUUCUUCUUACAAAAAGAAAUGCAGAAAACGAAAGAACUAAUGACAAAAGUAACAAAACAAAAACUCUUUGAAAAGAAGAGUUCAGGACCUCCCAACAAAGAAUUAUAUCAUCUUGACAGCUAUGAAUUCCUUAAAGGCAUUUUAAACUGAGUUCCCUAUGGAUUCAGCAAUACAUUUAGAAGAAAUGCACUUACUAUGGACACCAACUUCUUCUGCAUCUGCCUGAUCAUAUUUAAAGGAACAGAAGAAAUGUUUGUAAUUAAUCUGCCCAGUAAAUACCAGAUCAUAGCACUAGGCAGGUGUGUGUCUAGAUAAAAUUUCUUGCAGCUAAUUUAAACUUUCUACACACAGCAGUAGAUAAUCUCAAUGUAAAUAAUACAUUUCUUCUUGACCCUUUAAUGUAAGCCAACAUGUAGAACAAGAUCUUGACUUCAAUUCUGUAUCACAUACACUUCUGUAUACUUUUAGCAUUUGUGGAUAGACUUAGAACAUUUAUGAAAAUGGCACCUUUGGUAAAACUGUAUGUUUUAAAGCUCAGAUUAAAUCUAAUGGUGAGUGGAAUUAGGUACCACUUUCCCAUUUAAAGCCCCAGAUGUGUAUUUAUUAGAUUUUUUUACACAUACAGAAUUUUUCAAGAAGUUUAUUGUAUAGCCACUGUCUCGGGGACGAGUCUUUAUUAUAUUCUAGUUAUUCCUAUGUUUGUGCAGAAAAACUAUUUCAAUGUUUAAAAAUUUUUAUACCUUUUAUAGAAUAGUGGAAUGCAUUUUUCAGUACAUUUUAAAAUAUGAAGUUGUUCUUAAACUGAACUACACACUGUACUGAAUUGAAAGGACCUUUCUUAUGGGUCAGGAAUCAUUUUGAUUCCUUCCAAAUGAUUUUGAAACAUUAUUUUAAAUUGCUAUUUUUCUGUGGUGUUAUUUUGUAUUAUAAUCAUCUGUACUCUCACGAAACAAGGGGAAGAGGGUAUCACAGGAUGUGUUAUAACUUGAUAACACGGUUUUUUUAAAACUUCUGUAUUUUUCUUUGACCACUUCUGCAGGGGAAGAAAUGCUAUUCCCUUGGUACUUGCCCUAAGUCUUGAUAAAAUUUGUGGAAGAUACUACUGUAUCAUGAAAUAAAAAUACUGUAUGAAAAUCUGAAACAAAAUUUAACUUGUUUGAAAAUAACUGAUUUUCCAUUUAGAGAAAUUUCAGAUUUACUUCUUAAAAUGAAAAUGGGUUUUAAGAACUAUUAAAUGACAUAGAUACUAAAUAGUAACCCAAUUAACUAUUAAACCUAAUUGCCUUCACUAAUGACUUUAUUGGUACUAUUUAAAUAAGACUUUUAAGAUAAUCUGCUAAAUAUUAAGAACACUUUGUGUUACAGUCCUUGUAAUAGGAUAUUACUGAAAAUAUACCAAAAAGAAUAAUUCUUUUUGUGUUCUAGCACUGAAAACUAACCUUAGGAUGUAAAUAAAGCCAAAGCAUAUAAAGAAACUUACAUUAGUCAGGAAUUAAAGGGUUAAGAAGUAGUUUGGUUUCAUAUGUAAUGCAAGUUAUGUAGGUAUGUACUUAAUGCUAUUAAAUCAGUUACUGUAUGUUUGACCUCUUGAUAUACUAAGCUUUUGCCUUUCAGAACAGCUGGGUCUGCUAAGAAUCAUUUCCCAGUCCUCUUCAUUGUAGAUCAGAUGACUCUCGCUUUAUCACCCUUGGAGGCCACAUGAAGGACAAAGCAGAAAGAUCCACACACAAAACUAAUGUUUAUAUGGGGGGAGGGGGUGCGGCAUGGAGGAAGGCGGGGGAUACACUUGGCCCUGAUCUUCCAAUGAACAUAACAGAAGAGAGACCAAUUGAGACUUGAAACCCCUGUGUUAACUCCAGCCAUUAUUUAGUUACAUCCUAUCCAUCUUUUACUCUUUCUAUUGAACAGAGAGGCUCCUUUGGCUGCCCUGACUUUUGUAAAUGUUUCACUCACUUAGUUGUGGUUUAUCAUUUGGACAGAAUGCUACAUCUGGGAUUUUUCUCCCCUCCUUAAGGCCUCAAAGGAAAAUGGCUUCUGUAUGCUUCAUAUUUGAUACAUGAACAUACACCCUGUUCUCUUCAUUUUAAGAAGCAAACCUAAGUUUAUUGGCAACAGAGAAAACUGCAUUUCUCAGAAAGGGCCCUUCCCUCUAAAAUGAACUUGAAAAUAACUUAGAAGGGUUCAUUUUUUUGACAGAUUAGUGAAGUGAGAAAUCUUUAAUAUUUUUGCAUUACCUAAAUAUCUUUAUAUUUAGAUAUCCAAGUAAUCCUGUCACUGAAAUACUUUAGAAUUGCCUAUUUCUGUGUUUUUAAUUCAUCACUGGACAUUUUUGGUAUUUUGUUUUUGUUUUUUAAUGUUUAUUUUUGAGAGAGAGAAAACAAAGCAGGUGAGUGGCACAGCGAGAGGAAGACACAGAAUCUGAAGCAGGCUCCAGGCUCUGAGCUGUCAGCACAAAGCCCAACACAGGGCUUGAACCCAUGACCAUUAGAAGUCAGACGCUUAACCAACUGAGCCAUCCAGGUGCCCCCAUUUUUGGUAUUUUGGAACCUAAUCCAAGUUCAGAGUGGACUCUUCUUAAAUUGGUUUCUAACAGAUAGUUAAGACAUACUUGACUUAUAAUUGCUACAAGUCUCCAUAAAAGCUACAAUGUUAACUCAAUAUGACUAGGUUAAAUCAUCUAGAAAAUGUAUAAAGAAUUUGCCCAUAACAUCCUUUGAAUAUGUACAUAGUCUAUUAAUAUUUACAUACUUUUUCAAAUAAUGUUUCUCUGUUCCAGUUAUUUAGAACUUCCUCAUCGAUUUAAAUCAACAUCCUGUGUUAAACCUAUGUAUGCUAUUCCAAAAAAUAAAAAAUAAAAAAAUAGGACUACACCAGCCAGCCAAGAUGCUGACAUUUGGGCACAGUGAUUACAGAUGGUGACCAUGGACAGCAGUGUUCCUGCUGAUUCGGCAGUGAUUCAAGGCUGCUUUUCUGUGCUGACCUGCCCUUUGAGUCUUUAUGCACAUUUGCUUCGAAAAAGAAAUACUUCCUGAUUUUUGCUUUGUCUAAAUCUAUUUACUUCCUUUAUCAGACUUAGAAGUACAUACCUUCUUGUAUCAGCCUGUGGCUGUCCAUGUCUAGAACCAAAUUUUCUUUGUGUAUAUGUGUUCAUUGUUUUAAAAUGUAUCACCAGUCAAUAUACUUUAAUGGCUAUCUUAUGAAAGAA